AUGGGCUCCCCAAGCGAAUCAUCCGGUACAGACGCGGCUCAGGGCCCCAUCCCCCUCGUCAUCAACGGAAAGGAUGUCGUGACGGAGACGACGUUUCCAAAGGUCGGACCCCUCGAGAACAAACAGAUCUGGACCGCGUCGGCCGCCUCCGAAGCGGACGCCAUCGCCGCCGCCGACGCGGCGCAGGCCGCGUUCCCGGCAUGGUCCAAGACGAAGCCGUCACGCCGCCGUGACAUCUUCCUCCGCGCGGCCGACAUCAUGGACAAGCGGCGCGUCGAGCUCGGCGAGUACAUGCGCCAAGAGGUCGGCGCGAACCAGGGCUACCAGGACUUCAUCCUGGGCCUGGCCAUCGAGGGCCUGAAGGACACCGCGGGGAAGAUCGCGGAUGCCUGCACGGGCAGCGUCCCCGACUCGAUCCACGACGGCAUGCGGGCCAUCGUGUACAAACGCCCGUACGGCGUCGUUCUGGGCAUCGCGCCCUGGAACGCAGCCUACCAUCUCGGUCUCCGAGCCGUGACCUUCGCACUGGCGGCGGGCAACACCACCGUGCUGAAGGGGUCAGAACUCCUCCCCAAGUGCUACUGGGCCAUGGUCGAUGUCUUCCGCGAGGCCGGCCUGCCCGACGGCUGCCUGAACCUCGUCCUCCACCGCCCGGAGGACGCAUCCGCCAUCACGAACACGCUCAUCGCCCACCCGGCGGUCAGGAAGAUCAACUUUACCGGAAGCAGUCGCGUCGGCAGCAUCGUCUCCGCGGAGGCGGGCCGCCACCUGAAGCCGGUGCUCAUGGAGCUCGGAGGCAAGUCGAACGCCGUGGUCCUGGCGGACGCGGACCUCGAAAAGGCCGCCCUCCAUUGCGCCGUCGGAGCUUUCAUAAACGCCGGUCAGAUAUGCAUGUCGACGGAGCGCAUCUUGGUUCAUUCCUCGGUCGCGGAACAGUUCGAGUCCGCUUUCAAGGCGUCGGUGGACAAGAUAUUCGGCUCCGCCCCGGACACGCCCAUGCUCAUCACUGCCGGGUCGGUCACUCGCAACCAAGCCCUCGUGCAGGAUGCCGUGUCAAAGGGUGCCAAGACACUGGGUCUCUCACCCGAGCUGGACCAAGGGAAAGUCCCGACUCAGAUGCGCCCCGUCAUUCUCACCAACGUGAACCCGACGAUGGACCUCUACGGCGGCGAGUCGUUCGGGCCCAGCGUCUCCAUUUACACGUUUGAGACGGAGGAUGACAUGGUCGAGCUUGCCAAUGACACGGAGUACGGGCUGGCUGCCUCCAUCUACUCGGAAGACCUCCGGGCGGCGUUCCGAAUCGCGGACAGGCUUGAGUCUGGCGCUGUCCAUAUCAACUCCAUGACGGUUCACGACGAGUUUGCCCUGCCUCACGGAGGUGUGAAGAAGAGCGGCUUCGGGAGGUUCAACGGGACGAAGGGCUUGGAGGAGUUUCUCUACUGCAAGUCGGUGACCUGGAUGGAGUAG